CGCAGGCAGGAAAUAAGUAUCUCAGAAGAUGAAGAAGAAACACGGUCGAAAAAUCAAAUAAAAGCGAGUUUAGAAAUGAGAAGAAGGUCUUCUGUAUGUGUCAGAUGUUCUUCGUCACAGUUCUCGUCCUUCUGGGGGCAGGACUGGCUGCCAACAGCGAGAUUCACUCCCUCACUUGCAUCUACACGGCGCACUCCAAACCCGACGGCACUCCGGGCAUCCACAAGUUCACAGCCAUGGGUUUGCUGGACGGCAGGAGGAUCGACUACUACGACAGUGAGAGUGAGAGGAAAGUUCCCAAACAGGAGUGGAUGAGAGAGUGUUUAUCUGCUGAGUACUGGGGAAAAGGAACACAGGAACAGUGGUUAGAAAGCCUAAUGAAUCGAAUGAGACAGAAUGACUCGGUUGUCCAUGUUCUUCAGGGGAUGCGUGGCUGUGAGGGCAAAAUGCAGCCUGAUGGCACGCUCAAGUUUCAUCGCGCUAUGCACACGUACGCCUAUGAUGGACACAACCUCCUUUCCUUCGAUUCUAAAACCAAAUCCUGGAUCGCCGCGAUUCGAGAGGCCCAACUCACCAUGAGAGAGUGGGACAGUGAUCAGGCCAUGAAAGAGCGCAUCAAGGGAUACCUGGAGAAUGUGUGCAUCAAAUGGAAAAAGCAACUACAAAAAGCCCCUCCGCCUGUCGUGUACGUGUUUGCAAAGAAGGCCAAAGUGGAGACAAACCUCAUCCUGACCUGCCUCGCCACAGGCUUCUACACAAAAGACAUCAUUGUUAGGAUCAAAAGGAACGGACGUGUUCUCGCUAAAGACGACGGCCUGAUGAGCUCAGGAGGACUUCCCAAUGGAGACGAUACCUUCCAGAGGAGAGACCAUGUGGAGAUACUAAAGUCUGACUUGUCAACGUUCAUCUGUAACGUCACUCACGAAGCAACAAACAUAAGUGUUAAGAAGCUUUGGGACAGAAGUCAGCUGAGUGACACUGUUAGGAGCAGAGCUCUGAGCCCCACAGUUACAGUCCUACUGGUACUGGUGGUUGGGAUUCUUGCAGUUUCAGCUGUGCUUCUGUUCUUAUAUAAAGUUGUCAUUCCUGCUGAAGAUGAGGCGUAUGCACAGAAUUCGAAGGACGGUGAAAAAAUCCUCUUGACAUGCAUCGCCAGAGGCCAGGGAGCCAUCGACGUGGAGAUCAAGCGUAACGGGGAGACUGUAACUGAAGAGAAGGGUCUGAUGAGAUCAGACACUGAGACAAAUAAAGACGGCACCUUGGAGAUAAGAGCCCAUGUGGAGAUUUCAAAGGAUGACAAGUCUAAGUACAGCUAUGAAGUCAUUUAUAAGAACCAGAACAUUAAGCAUGACUUCGACUGUGCAUUGCCCUGGAGAGGACCAUCAGAAGUCCAGCGGAGGUGGACAGAGAUCCAUAAUCUGGAGUACUACACCACCGACCCAGACUAUACUGACACCUGAGUCGCUGACAGCUGUAUGCUGGAGACGCUGAGUCCUGUGAAGCCCUGAAGUCUCCAUCAGAUCUACACACAACACCAGAUUUACCAAAACAUACUUAAUGCAGAGCAUUAAGUAUGUUUUGUUUUUGCUUUUUUAAAAGUGGAAUAUUUUCCUUUUAAUGCAUUUUACAGAUCAAGAAACUGAUGAGUCAGCAUUGAAAUGAGGUUCUUUGAAAUGAGUUUUUAAAACGUUCCUCUUUAAGCUGAACCUCAGUCACAGUGAACGUCACAUGAGGUCAGAGGUGAAUUUUAUGUAUUUUAAUAAAAUUAUCUCAGUUUGUUCAUAAGUCUUGUUUCAUUAUUAUUGUGUUUCCUGGUGUAAUUUCAAGUGAGCCCUGCAAACUGACCACAUGAGCAGCGUGUGUCCAGAAAAGGAUGGAUGGAGAAUUUCAUGCAGUCCUUGUUGGAGCGAUUUGUUCUUUAUUUUUAUUAUUUUGAAAUUUGUUAAAGUUUGUUGUUGGUUAACUUAUAUCUUUUGUUAUUUACACGUUUUAUUUGUAGGUUAAUACUUGCAUCAUGUUUUUGUUUUGUUUUGUUGUUUAUCUUAUUAAGUCAGUCAGGAAGAACUGUGGGGCCAUUUUUUCUAUAAAUUAAGAGACUGGUAUAGGACCAGCAUGCACUGGGGAGGGCCUAUGGUUUUUGUUUUUUUAUCAAAACAGGAGAAGCCGCACUAAGCAUCAGAAAUGGAUCUUUGUUAUUGUUUGCCAAACUGGAUAAAUAAACCAUAAAACGCAA